UCUGCUCUGAAGUCUGCAAGAUAGGUCUGAAGUGUUGUGCAUGGCGCUGUUCUUCAAACAAGCUUGCUUUUACUUAAAGUCACAAUUUAAACAAAAGGUCUGAUUAAAGAUGGGGCGUCAUUCCUCAGACAGUGAAGAAGAAACCAGGAGUCAUAGGAAAAAGAAACAUCGACGUCGAUCGUCUUCCAGCAGCUCUUCGGGAAGCCGGGUGACCAGCCGGAAGAAAUCGGGGAGAAAAACAAGGAGCAGGUCACGCUCCCCGUCUCGAAGCAGAGACAGAAGACGCAGACGGCGGUCCAGCAGCAGCUCUUCUUAUGGGUCCCGGAAGAAAAGAAGCAGUCGGAGCAGGACUCCUGACAAGAGCAAGUUCUACAGGUCUCGGAGAUCUAGGUCAUGGAGCCGAAGCAGAAGGUCGCGCUCGCGCCAUCGCCGCUCCCGAAGCCGCAGCAGCGGGAAGUCCAGCCGCAGGAGGAGCCGCAGCCACAGCAAGCCCCGGGACCGGAGCCGGCGGAAAAACAAGGACAAGGAGAAAGGCAGAGACCGGGAGAGGGACCGAGCCAAGGAGAAGGAGCUGCCGCCUGACAGACCAGGGGACGCUGGAUACAUCAAAGUGGGAUUAGAACAUCUGACCCCUGCUGAACAGGCCAAAGCAAGACUACAGCUGGUUCUGCAAGCUGCAGCCAAAACAGAUGAAGUAUUAAAGGCAAAGGAAAAGAAAGACGAGGAGGCCAGGAGGAAGAAAGAAGAAGAAGACACAUCCCUGCCCGACCAGGUAAAAAGAAUAAAAGCCAUUGAAGCCAUUGAAAGUGACUCUUUUGUUGCGCAGGCUUUCAAAUCAAGUAGAGACAGUAAGAAGGUGGUUGAAACUGUAGAAAUCAAGCAAGACCCCGAAUCAGUGGACCUGCCCAGGCUGGAAAGUGAGCAGCACGAAGUCAGCAGCAUCCCUACAUCAAUCCGGUACCAGGAGAAUGACUCCCUGGCUCAUCCCAAUCUGUUCAUUGACAAGGCGGAAGCAGAGGAGAUGUGGCUCUACAGACUGAUGUCCCUUCGCCAGGAGAGGCUGAUGGGCAGCCCUGUGCCCUGAACCCUUGAUGAUACUGUGUUAUUGAAACCUGGCAAUAUUUCCGCGUGCUUUUGAAGUGCAACAGCAUUCAUUUUCAAGAUCCCGAAUGCGUUUUCUUAAAUUAUGUGUAUUUUUCUUUUGUAUAAGUUCAUUUCUCACCUUGUAAUUUAGAAAUAAAAAAUAACACAGAAGGUA